GCUGAGUGCAUGCCAUGCGCAUUGCAUUGCCUACGAAUAAAUUAAGCGGCAGAACGCGUCGCAUUGGUUUGGCGUUCGUGCAGUUUUUUUUCUAGCUUUAUUUAUAAUAAAAGUACGUGAUAUCAGUUUGUUUAAAAGUAAGCCAAUUCUAACAAGAUGACCACACAACCGCACAGCAGAAAGCGAGUUUGCUACUACUACGACAGCGACAUCGGGAAUUACUACUACGGCCAGGGCCACCCCAUGAAACCCCACCGCAUACGUAUGACCCACAAUUUGCUGUUAAAUUACGGAUUGUACCGCAAAAUGGAGAUAUACAGACCUCACAAAGCGACCGCCGAGGAGAUGACCAAGUUCCACUCGGACGACUACAUCAGAUUCCUCCGAUCGAUCCGUCCCGACAACAUGUCCGAAUACAACAAGCAAAUGCAACGGUUCAACGUCGGCGAGGAUUGCCCGGUGUUCGACGGCCUCUACGAAUUCUGCCAACUCUCCGCCGGCGGUUCCGUCGCCGCCGCCGUCAAACUCAACAAACAGGCCAGCGAGAUAUGCAUCAAUUGGGGCGGCGGCCUCCACCACGCCAAGAAAUCCGAGGCGUCCGGCUUCUGCUACGUCAACGACAUCGUCUUGGGCAUCUUGGAGUUGCUCAAGUACCACCAGCGCGUCCUCUACAUCGACAUCGACGUGCACCACGGCGACGGCGUCGAAGAGGCUUUCUACACCACCGAUCGUGUGAUGACCGUUUCGUUUCACAAAUACGGCGAGUACUUCCCCGGCACGGGCGAUUUGAGGGACAUCGGAGCCGGCAAAGGGAAGUACUACGCCGUAAAUAUACCGCUCAGAGACGGUAUGGACGAUGAGGCGUACGAAAGCAUAUUUGUACCGAUCAUCAGCAAAGUAAUGGAAACGUUCCAACCGAGCGCCGUCGUGCUACAAUGCGGCGCCGAUUCGUUGACCGGCGACCGAUUGGGUUGCUUUAAUCUAACGGUAAAAGGCCACGGUAAAUGCGUGGAAUUCGUGAAGAAAUACAACCUGCCGUUUAUGAUGGUGGGCGGCGGCGGUUACACCAUUCGCAACGUAUCGAGAGCCUGGACGUACGAAACAUCGGUAGCGCUCGGCGUGGAAAUCGCCAACGAGCUACCCUACAACGAUUACUUCGAAUACUUCGGGCCCGAUUUCAAGUUGCACAUCAGCCCGAGCAACAUGGCCAACCAGAAUACGCCCGAGUACCUCGAGAAGAUCAAGACGAGAUUGUUCGAGAACCUGCGCAUGUUGCCGCACGCGCCCGGCGUCCAGGUGCAGGCGGUGCCCGAGGACGCGAUCAACGAGGAAUCGGAGGACGAGGACAAGGCGGACAAGGACGAGCGGCUGCCGCAGAAGGAUGUCGAUAAGAGGAUCGUGCCGGAGAACGAGUUUUCGGAUAGCGAGGACGAGGGCGAGGGCGAGCGGCGGGAUAAUCGCAGUUACAAGGGCAGGAAGCGGCCGCGAUUGGAUAAGGGCGGCGCCGGAGGAGGCGGCGGCGGCGGCGGGGCCGGUGGCGGCGAUAACAAGGACGAGGAUAAGGUGAAGGAGGAGGUUAAAUCGGAGAAAGGUGAGGAGAACGCGGUAAAAACGAAUCCGGAGGAAACUAAGAAGCUGAUUGGGCCGACUCCAUGACAUCGUGCGUCUAAUUUAAUUUAAUUGCGUAAUCAAUCGUCCAAUAUAUUAUUGGACCGUUACAAAACACUAUAUUUGGGACAAUUUUUUUUAUUAUUCUAUAUACAUGUAUAUGAUAUAGUGAGCUUGUACAGAUUUUUUUGUACGUGUGCGUGUUCAUCAAUUAACUUUAAACUUUUGUACAUACUAGUUCGUAAGGGAUCAUCGAUUUAUUGUUAGUUUUAAUAAUUCGUCGUAUUUGAUUUAUUUGAAAUUAGUAUUAAUUAGUAAGUAAAUACUUUUUGGAUUAAUUUAGUCGACGAAUUUUCGACGGUCUUUCACCGCUCGUGGUUAAGACUACUUAAAAUAAUUAAAACAUUUUGAAAACUGUGUUCUUUGGUUAAUGAAGGAUACUUUAAAAAAGUUCUUUUUAUAUUAUAAUAAAAAUGUCAAUGAAAACAAAGUAUGAUAUAAAAAUUGUAGGUAUGCAUAUGAAAAAUGCAUUUUUAAAUUAUUCCAUUGUCUAUUUACUACAAGUCUUUGUUUGAUAUAAACCUGUUGCCUUCGGAAUGUUUGCCGCUGUAACGGUACUGACAUUUUCCAUAAGAGCCUGUAAAAAACAUAAUUUAUAAUCUAUAUUUUUCAAAAAAACUAAUUAUUUUUUGCAACUGUUUUCGAAAUUCCUUCAAUUUUCCUCUUACGUUUCG